UGUUGAUCCUACUAACCUCAAGCACUACAUCUGUAUUAUCUAACAGGAUAAUAAGAGGUUGGGGAAAGCCCUGUCUUCCCUGAUCAGCCCUCCGCCCCCUCUCCUGUCAGUCCAGGAAGCAGUAAUUUUGUAUCACAUGCCCCGAUAGAACGCUGGGAUGAUUCAUCCUCCAUGGGAGCCUGAGAUGCUGCGCACUGAGAGCCUGGGUUAGAGGGGGCUGGGAUCUCAUCAAACCCUGGGCUUAUCGCUGUCUGCAGAGCAUCGUCACAUAGUGGAGAUCUCCCUUACACACAGCCAUGGAAGACAUCCUGAAAAAACUGCAGAAAGACGCUUCUGGGAAUAAAUACAAGGCUAUUAAAGAUAACUGCUCGCAGGCAAUCGAAAUUUUAGAAUCUCCAGAAGGUGUAAGCAAGAUUCCGCCUUACCAGCUAAGAGAGAAAUGCAUUUUCCCCCUCCAGCUUGCAUUGGAGUCAAAAAAUGUCAAAUUGGCACAACAGGCAUUGGCUGGAAUGCAGAAGCUUCUGUCUGACGACAGAUUUGUAUCCGUGGAAACAGACACUGAUGAGAAGCAGCUACUUAACCAAAUGCUGAAUUCCGUUAAAGUAACACCAUCACUUCAUGAAGAUCUGCAGGUUGAAGUUAUGAAGGUUUUGCUUUGUAUUACAUACACAUCAACAUUUGAGCUAAAUGGAAGCUCGGUGCUGAAAAUUGCUGAGUUGUGUUUGGCAUGCUAUAAAACCGGAUCCCCCCAUUUGCAUGACAUUAUCAGAGAAUCCCUUGCACACAUCCUAAUUGCACUGUGUCAUCGUGCUUUACCUGGUUUUCUUCAUCCCCUCGCUUUUCUUGAGAUAUGCAUUGAAACCUAUAUUUCAAGUUGUCAUCAACGAAGUAUAAAUACUGCUGUCAGGGCGACGCUCAGUCAAAUGUUAAGUGAUCUGACAUUACAAUUACGUCAAAAGCAAGAAAGCCCAAAUACAGAAAUCCAAGAUGCUCUUAUGGAAUUUAGAAGCCAAGGUCCUUCGACAGAGUCACUUUGUGAUGACAUAGUUUCUGUGCUCACAGUCCUGUGUGACAAGCUGCAGGCUGUCAUAAAUGAAAACCACCAAUUGCAACUGCUAUUCCUUGAAUGCAUACUUUCAAUGCUUAAUAGCUCAUCCCCCACAAUGCAUCACCACAAAGGUUUCAUGGACAUUAUAUGGAAACAAUUAUGUCCAGCCCUAGUGGUAAUUCUUGGUAACCCAGUGCAUGACAAAACCGUAACCUCUGCUCACAACAACACCUGCAUUGACUCUGAUUGUCAUGCUACUGGAGUGGCUGAUCAGGGAAGAGGAUCAGCUUGCUCAUCUACUGCACCUGCUCUCAGUGGUCCAGUUGCACGGACAAUCUAUUACAUUGCAGCUGAGUUAGUACGACUGAUGGGAUCGGUUGAAUCCAUGAGACCUGUGUUGCAGUCCCUGUAUCACCGCAUUCUUCUGUAUGCUCCACCACAGAACCGCGUAGAGGCCAUUAAAAUUAUGAAAGAGAUACUUAGCAGUCCUCAGAGACUUUUUGAUUUGGCCGGACCCUGCACUUCAGAACCCGAGACAAGAAAGCGAUCAAUUUCAAAGAGGAAGUCACAACUGGACCUGCUGAAACUGAUCAUGGAUGGAAUGACAGAGGCUUGCAUGAAAGGAGGCAUUGAAGCCUGCUUUGCAUCUGUAUCUUGUGUUUGUUCCUUGCUUGGAGCUUUAGAUGAACUGAGCCAAGGAAAAGGUCUUAAGGAAGAGCAAGUUCAUCAACUUCUCAGGCGCAUUGAGGAAUUUAGAGAUGGAGCAGAGUCUAGCAGAGAAUCUAUGGAGAUUAAUGAAGCGGAUUUUAGAUGGCAAAGACGUAUUCUUUCAUCAGAACACACACCAUGGGAGUUAGGAACAGAAAAGAGUCCUGAUAUCAGCAUCAGCGUGACUACCGAUACAGGUCAGACCACGUUAGAAGGAGACCUGGGACAAACCACUCCAGAGGAUAACAUUGAAUGUCAGGGAAAUAAUUUACAGUCCCCACUUAACAAAGAUAAUCGGAAUAAGGAUUCUGAUUUAGAAGUUGUAGAUCAGCCAGAUGUUGUUCAAAGAAGUCAUGUUACAGUUUAUCCAGAUAUUACAAAUUUUCUGUCUGUUGAUAGUAGGACAAGAUCUUAUGGAUCACGAUACAGUGAAAGCAAUUUUAGUGUUGAUGAACAAGAUCUCUCUAGGACUGAAUUUGACUCUUGCGACCAGUAUUCAAUGGCAGCAGAAAAAGAUUCUGGGAGAUCCGAUGUAUCAGACAUUGGAUCUGAUAACUGCUCCCUAGCCGAUGAGGACCAGACUCCGAGAGACUGUCCAGGUCACAGAUCAUUACGCACAGCUGCUUUAUCUUUGAAGCUUCUGAAGAACCAGGAGGCAGAUCAGCACAGUGCUAGACUUUUUGUACAGUCCCUGGAGAAUCUCAUACCACGACUUUUGACUCAGCAACGGAUGGAAGAAGUAGACUCUACUUUGCAGAAUUUUGCAUCAACCUUUUGCUUGAGUUUGCAAGCAGGUGUGAUGCAUUCACCAGGGUUUGAAAAUGGCAGCAAUGUAACAUUCCAAACACUACUAAAUGCUGACAGUCUGUACAAUGUAUCUUACUAUGCUCUUCUUCUAAAUCUCAAACUGUCCAACAGUGAUUACUACAGAAAGAAAUCAGCCUUGUCUCCUGUUAGUUUGAAAGAGUUCAUGAGACAAAUACAGUCAAGUGGGGUGUCGAUAUUUUUCUCACAAGCGUGGAUUGAGGAGAUUUAUCACCAAGUCUUAGACAGGAACAUGCUUGGAGAAUCGGGAUACUGGGGCAGUGCUGAUGGACACUGUCUUCCCCUCAUUACCAUGCUUAUUAAUAUAGAUGGCUUGGGAAGUAGUGCUAUAGGUGGACAACUUCUAGUGUCUAAAUCCACCCAAUCUCCUAUUCCUUCUGAAAAGAGUAUGGACACAACAGCAAUGGCAGGUGUUGCUUUUGCACGCUUCAUUCUUAUUGGUUGUUGGAAAAACUUAAUUGACACUUUAUCUGCUCCACUUACUGGACGAAUGGCAGGAAGUUCUAAGGGGCUAGCAUUCAUUUUGGGUGCAGAAGGUGUCAAGGAACAAAAUCAGAAGGAGAGAGACUCUAUUUGCUUGAGUCUGGAUGGUCUUAGGAAAGCUGCUAGACUCAGCUGUGCCUUAGGAGUGGCUGCUAAUUGUGCAUCAGCCUUGGCUCAAAUGGCUGCAGCAUCUUGUGUUCAAGAGGAGAAAGAUGAUAAGGAAAACCUUGAACACAGCGACACAAUAACACAAGUAAAGCAAAGAGUGGAGCAGAAACUGGAACAGAUGAGUAAGCAUGGAGGAUACCGUCUCCAUACUGCACACGUACUCUGCAUGGAUGCUAUCCUCAAUGUAGGCUUGGAGAUGGGAAGCCACAACCAGGACUGCUGGCCUCAUGUCUUUAGAGUUUGUGAAUAUAUCAGCACCUUGGAACACACACAUUUCAGAGAUGGCACACCCCAGCCUCCACUAACAAUCACACAGUCCCAGCAUAUUUCAGUUGAAUCCCAGGGAAUUGCUGCAGAUGGUUCUCAGGAACAUCACACAGAGGAAGAAGCAUCACUUGGUAAGAGCCCCAUCAUUCAGCCAGUUCCUAUCCAGGAGUUAAUCAAGGAAAGCUGCAAAGGACGAACUUUCGACUUCCAUGGAACCAGCUUAAUGAGUGGAAGUAAUGCAGCUAAAGCAGUUUGUACCCUAUCUACACAAGCAGAUAAGCUGUUUGAAGGUGCUGCUGACAAACUUAAUUUGGUUGCACUGAGUGGAUUCCUCUAUCAACUGAGAAAAGCAUCCCAAGCUCAGCUUUUUCAUUCAGUCAGCGACACAGCAGACUACUCCCUCACAAUGCCAGGUGAAAUAAAAUCCAUUCAGGACAGAAGAAGCACUCUCCAUCUGUUUCGCCUUGGUGAUGUUAUGCUUCGCAUCAUCCGUAGUAAAUCUCGGCCACUACUUCACAUCAUGCGUUGCUGGAGCUUAGUAGCCCCUCACUUUGUAGAGGCAGCAUGUCACAAAGAAAGGCAUGUCUCUCAGAAGGCUGUGUCUUUUUUACAUGACAUCAUUACUGAAGUCCUGAUGGACUGGGAUGAGCUCCCACACUUCCACUUCUGUGAGGCUUUGUUCAAGCCCUUUGAGCGAAUCAUGCAGUUGGAGCUCUGUGAUGAGGAUGUGCAGGACCAGGUGGUCACAUCAAUUGGUGAGCUGGUGGAAGUGUGCUCUCCAAGGAUCCAAUCAGGAUGGAGACCUCUGUUCAGUGCUCUGGAAACUGUACAUAGCAGCAAGUCUGAUGUUAAGGACUAUCUUGUUGGAGAUUACUCCAUGGGGAAGCAUCAAGCCCCGGUGUUUGAUGUCUUUGAAGCAUUCCUGAAUACAGACAACAUUCAGGUUUUUGCCAAUGCAGCCACUGAUUAUAUUAUGUGCCUUAUGAAGUUUGUCAAGGGAUUGGGUGAAGUUGAAAGCAAAGAGAUUGGAGACUUGAUACCUGGAUCUGCUUCUACAUCUACAGAUUUGUGCCUUCCAGCUCUGGAUUACCUGAGAAAGUGUUCACAGUUACUGGCUAAAAUCUACAAAAUGCCAAUGAAGCCAAUAUUCCUGAGUGGACGUCUGGCGAACUUGCCUCGUCGAGUUCAAGAACGAUCAGCCAGCAGUGAAGAUGGCAUUGAAGCUGUACUCUCAGAGUUUGAUGAUGAUACUGGGCUUAUUGAAGUAUGGAUCAUUCUUCUGGAGCAACUGACCACUGCUGUAUCGAACUGUCCGCGCCAGCAUCAGCCACCAACUCUGGAUUUGCUCUUUGAACUGCUGAGGGAAGUUGCUAAAAUACCUGGUCCAGGCUUUGCCAUUUAUGCAGUAGUACACCUUCUCUUGCCGGUAAUGUCUCUGUGGUUGAGUCGCAGUCACGGUGAUCACUCAUAUUGGGAUGUGGCAUCUGCAAAUUUCAAACAUGCUAUUGGCUUGUCAUGCGAGCUUGUGGUUGAACAUAUUCAGAGCUUCAUUAAUUCAGAUAUCGGUUAUGAAAAUAUGAUAAACACAAUGUUGAAAGAGCUUUUCAAGUUACUGGUAGCCUGCGUUGCAGAACCCACCGAGACAAUCUCAAGAGUCGGUUGCUCGUGUAUCAGAUAUGUGCUUGUAACAGCAGGACCUGUUUUCACCGAGGAGAUGUGGAGACUGGCUUGCUGUGCUUUGCAAGAUGCUUUUUCUGCCACUCUGGAGCCCAUGAAGAAUCUUCUGGGAUAUUUUCACAGUGGCUCAGAAAGCUUUAAUGGCGAUGCAUGUGAGGUAAAGGUCGCAGCACCAUCUCUGUCUCCCAAUGCAGAAGCGGAAUACUUGAGAAUAAGAGCCAUGACCCAGCAGGUAUUUAUGUUGGAUGCACAGUGCUCACCGAAGACGCCAAACAAUAAAGAAGGCUUUGAGCAUGCUCAGUCUUGUGUUCUUAUCAUUGAGUUACCUCCAGAUGAAAAAACAAAUGGUCACACGCAAAAAAGCAUUCCAUUUAGGACAAUUGUAGUAAGUUUACUCUCUCAUCAAGUUCUACUGCAAAAUCUGUAUGACAUUUUGCUGGAAGAGUUUGUCAAAGGACCUACAAAUAUUGAGGAUAAAGCCGCUCCAAUGCCUGAAUCCAAAACUGUUGGCUUCCUCCGAUACAUUUCAAUGCAAAAUUUGGCAGUUAUUUUUGACCUGUUGUUGGACUCUUAUAGGACUGCUAGAGAAUUUGAUGCAAGGCCUGGACUAAAAUGCCUCUUGAUGAAGGUUUCUGGAAUUGGUGGAGCAGCAAAUUUGUAUCGUCAGUCAGCUAUGAGCUUUAACAUCUACUUUCAGGCCUUAAUCUGUGCAUUGUUAACAAACCAAGAUAACAUUACUGCAGAAUCUGUAAAAAAGAUGCUUUUUGAAGAUGAAGAACACAGUACUGACUCCUCACAGCAGUUCUCAUCAGAGGAUGAAGAUAUUUUUGAGGAAACUGCCCAAGUAAGCCCCCCUCGAGGGAAGGAAAAAAGACAGUGGAGAGCUAGAAUCCCGUCAUUGAGUGUACAGCCGGUUAGCAAUGCUGAUUGGGCUUGGUUAGUGAAAAGGCUUCACAAACUAUGCAUGGAACUUUGUAAUAAUUACAUUCAGAUGCACCUAGACUUGGAAAAUAUUGAUGAUCCUCCAGGGAUAAAAGGAGAUCCUUUUUUCAUUUUGCCAUCUUUUCAAUCAGAGACUUCAACUCCAUCUACAGGUGGCCUGUCAGGCAAAGAAACACCUUCAGAAGAUUAUAGAAACCAGAUUAAGGACCAUUCCUUGGAGAAUGCAACACAGAAAGGCUUAAGUGGGGGAGCAAAUCCACAAAGCCCCAAAUUAGAUAAAAAGGACCAAGGCAGGAAGAAAGAAUGGUGGGAAAAUGCAGGCAACAAAAUAUACACUAUAGCUACUGAUAAAACAAUAGCCAAACUCAUGACGGAAUAUAAAAAGAGAAAGCAACAACAUAACUUGACUACGUUUGUUAAAGACACCAAGUUAGAUAAGAAGGGAGAAAUAUUAUGUACUCGAGGGCAAGAUUCACCUAUGCCUCAAAGACCACAACAUCUUAUGGAUCAGACUCAAAUGAGACACUCUUUUAGCGCUGGUCCCGAAAUCCUGAGACAGGAGAAGAGAUCUCGUUCAGGGUCCACUGUUAGUACUUUUAACAUUUCAACAAGGGAUGCAGAGGCGCAAAUUCAGGCAUGGACAAACAUGGUGUUGACCAUUCUUAAUCAAAUUCAGAUACUACCAGACCAGAUGUUUACUGCCCUGCAGCCGGCGGUAUUUCCCUGCAUCAGUCAGCUGACGUGUCAUGUGAACGACAUUCGUGUGCGGCAAGCCGUCAGGGAGUGGUUGGGGAGAGUUGGGAGGAUUUAUGAUAUUAUUUUAUAAAUGUAUGUUAUAAAGUAUUUGGGAAUAAGAUGGUUCCAUAGUUUUUACAUAUCAUGGUAGUUUUUUGCAGACUUAAUUGCAAAUGCUUGAAGUUUAUUACAUUAUUUUCUAAGUAAAAAGGGUCACAUAUGUUUACAGAAUUCGUUGAAUAACUUCAUAUCAACACUCCAGCUACUGGUAUUCUACUGAAUUAUAUUAUCAGUAUAGGUUAGAAAGAAUUAACUUACUAUGCAUUCUAUUCUAUGACUAUCAACUUACAUUCAAUAUCAGAAAAGACUUAGCACCCGGAAGGAGAUUCUAUCUCAAUUUAUUGAUACAGCUAAUGAUAUAUUGCUAUCCUUCCAAGAGAAAAGCUUCUUAAAUGCUGGCUAUUUAACAGUUAACAUAUUUACAUAUGUAGGAAUUACAUGUGUACUAAACACAACACUAACGUAACCCAUGCUUUUCUCUGAAUGCUGAAAAUCUGCAUCCUUCGCACAGUGUGAAAUGUUUAUUCUAUAGCACCCUCCCAAAAAAUGUAAUGACUAUUGAAUAGAUGAGAAAUCUGUUAUAUUUUCUAUAGACUGCUUUUAAGAAUCUAUUUGUAAUUACACCAUAACGACAAAAUGUGGGGUACGUCUUAAUGCAUUAUAUGAAAUUCUGUUUCAACAGACCCCAAGCCAUCUUGUAACCCCUACUAUUGUUUCUUUAAAUACUGCUUAAAGCACUGUUUAAAACUAUAUUUCAUAGAAACACCAUAAGAGAGAAAAGAAUACAUAAUUUCAUUUUAUUUAUUAUUAUUUUCUUUUUAAUGUCUAUUAACACUGAUGCAGAUGACAAAUUAGCAUAUUAUAAAUUUAAACCAUGAAACCGUUUUUGUAGAAAUAAUCAUUCAUUUGGUCUUACAUCAUAGUAAAAACGACUUAUUUAUUAAAAAUGCAAUUUGCA